AUUCUACAUUUUCUACCACUCGCUUCUCUGUCAUCUUUGUCAUUGCCGCACGGCGCGGACGAAUGCUAGUUAUUCCACUUCCACCCUAAUCCUGGCUGUUGCCGUCUGCUUGCUUGAUCUGUACAUUCUUCAUCCUCUGCGCCUGCAAUGGCUGGGAGCUUUGAUGGGCGGAUGCCAACUAGAGGCGUCGAGCAGGCCAUUAUUGCUCUGAAGAAGGGCGCGCAUCUCCUCAAAUGUGGCAAGAGAGGAAAGCCCCAGUUCUGCCCAUUCAGGCUCUCUCCUGAUGAGAGCACAUUGGUAUGGUACUCGAAAGACAGGGAAAAACAGCUGAGCUUAAACUCCGUGUCAGCUGUAAUUCUUGGACAGAAAACUGUAAACUUUCAGCGUCUGCGUUGGCCCGAGAAGGAACAUCAAUCCUUGUCACUUAUACACAGGAACGGCGAGUGCUCGCUCGACUUGAUCUGCAGAGACAGGGAUCAAGCUGAAUGCUGGCACCUUGGCUUGACAGCCUUAAUAUCAUGUCCUUAUAGUCCAGCUUCAUCGGUUGGAUCAAAGAGCAGUAGACAGAUGGCCAGUUGCGCAAGUACUCCCCGUAGCUAUAUUCAGCGAAAGAGCAAGCUAUCAGCCGUGUACGACACACCGAGGCUCAGACAGGUAUAUCCAUCCACUGUGAGUCCUAGGAUGACAGAAAAAGAUCUCUUUGGUGGUUAUCUUGAUUGUUCGGAAGCCUUAUUUUACCAAAGACAGCGAACUUUUUCUGACAUAGACUCUUAUCUGGAGAGGCUUACUCCCAAGGUGGCAAAUCCGGUGAGACAUGGUCUGAAGGAUAUUUUGGUUGCUAACAAACAUAAGACACAGAUAGCUGCUGAAACACCUAAACUGAAAACAGUUGAAGGGCCCCGGGCAGCAUGCAGAUUGGAUUCUCUGAAGGAUGUUUUUCUCUGGGGCGGUGUUCUUGACAGUAUGUUAGGCAGUGAAGAUAUUUCAAAGGCCAUCCCAAGGUUAGUGGAAUCAACCAAAAUGCUUGAUGUACAGAGCAUAUCUUGUGGGGAGAAUCGUGCAGCCAUAAUCACCAAGCAAGGUGAGGUCUUCUCUUGGGGCAAGGAGAGUAGUGGGAGACUGGGACACAAAGUAAAUGCCAAUGUCUCAUGUCCUAGAAUAGAGGAGUCUCUUGCCUCUGUACAUGUAAAGGCUGUUGCAUUUGGAUCAAAGCACACCUGUGCAGUCACGGUUUCUGGCGAACUUUUUGAAUGGCCUGAAGGAGCUCAUAGCUUGGCUUUGUUGAAUAACUGGCUUCCCCAUAAAUUGUUUGGUCCUAUGGACAACAUUUCCGUGUCGAAAAUUGCUUGUGGCGAGUGGCACACAGCUAUUAUAACAUCAUCUGGUCAGUUAUUCACAUAUGGGGAUGGAACAUUUGGUGUUCUUGGGCAUGGAGAUACACAAGGAAUUGCUAGACCAAAGGAAGUGGAGUCAUUGAAAGGGUUGCAAGUGAAAUCUGUGGCAUGCGGGCCAUGGCAUACGGCUGCCAUUGUUGAAGUAAUAAGCAGUUUCAAGUGCAACACUCCAAGCGGCAAUCUGUUCACAUGGGGCGAUGCAGAUAAAGGGAAGCUGGGUCAUGCUGAUAGAAAAAUGAAGCUUGUACCGACAUGCGUCGAUUCACUCACCAGUUAUGAUUUUGUUCAGGUAUCUUGUGGGAUGGCUCUGACUGUUGUACUUACUUCUACCGGUGUGGUAUUUACUGUGGGAAGUUCCAAGCAUGGACAAUUAGGAAACCCACAGACAGAUGGUGAAUCUGUUUGCAUUGUUGAAGGAGUACUCAAGAACGAGUUUGUUAGAGAGAUAUCAUCUGGCGCUUCCCACGUAGCUGCGUUGACUAUGAACGGAAAGGUUUUUACCUGGGGCAAAGGAGCGGAUGGACAACUUGGUUUAGGUGACUAUGAUAAUAGGAGUUCUCCUACUUUAGUAGAGGCAUUAGAAGGUAGGCAUGUUCAGAGUAUAGCUUGUGGCUCCAAUUUUUCUGCCGCAAUCUGUUUGCAUAAGGGUAUCUCAGUGAAGGACCAGCCCGUGUGCAGAGGAUGCAAGAUGGCUUUUGGUUUUACUAGGAAAAAACACUACUGCUAUAACUGUGGUUCCAUGUUCUGCAAUUCCUGCAGUAGUAACAAGAUUGCAAAUGCAGCAGUUGCGCCGGAUAAGAACAGAAGGUAUCGUGUCUGUGAUUUGUGUUUCGGUCAACUAGAGAAAGCCGUAAAUUCUGGCCAAGUCAGGCAACAACCAAAGAUUAGCAAAGGGGAAAUGUUUAAAGCUGAAAUAAAGGCAUAUACACCUAAGCUAUCACGUUUAUUCAAGGAAGCAAACCUCAUUGUAGAAAAGAUGACCUUGGUACAAGGUUCCAAUCAGAGAAAUGCGGACUCUGCUAUUCCAACUCAAGUAAGAACUCAACGAUGGGGGCAAGUUGAGUGUCCUGCUCAAUUUGUAUCUGCACAAGACAUUUUCCAACAUCAGCGGAUAUCAAAUAGUGAGAUGUGUGGUGUCUCUUUCUCGCAAAGAAUGCACAACUCUGUAGGGCUGAAGGUUGGUAAUUAUUUGCGACGGUCUACUGAUAGCCAGAGAGAGGAACUGGAUACGAUGAAUAUGAUACUCACCGAGGAAAUAAAGCAGCUUCGCUCACAGGUGACUGCUCUUGCAGAGCAAUGCCAGCAGAAAAAUCUUAUAGCUCAAGUGUACAAACAAAAACUUGAUGAAACAUGGUUAAUUGUUAGGGAUGAGGCUGCAAAGUGUAAGGCUGCCAAAGAUAUCAUAAAAGUUCUAACUAAUCAGUGCAAUGCCUUGUCAGAGAAACUUUCAGUUUGCCGGCUAUCUGACUCAAAGGUCGCACCUAAUAGCGUCCCAGGACAGGCACCAUCACCAGAUCAUCGGAAUAUUGCCAGAACAAUUGACAGCGAUGGUUAUACCACGGAAGCAGAUUCCAUCGCCGCUCCAGUUGACGGUGUGGUCGAGCAGAUCGAACGAGGAGUGUAUGUCACACUUGCUGUAUCCGCAGGCGGAAAGAAAGACAUAAGGCGAAUGAGAUUCAGUCGGAAGCAUUUUGGAGAGAAGGAAGCUCAACGCUGGUGGGAAGAGAACAAGUGCAGGGUAUAUGCAAAGUACAACAUUGAGCAAUUGGAAACACCACCCCUGAACCACACUUAACGGUGAUCGGCACAAGAAUUGUACAGGGCUAACCCGAUGCUACCAAUGUUAACUGAGCAAACUGAACUAGUAGUAAACAGUCUUCAUCAAGUAGCAGGUGAAAUUUUGUAA